CCAAUGUACCCUGGUUCACCAACACCCAAAAAGACCCUAGUGGGACUCCCCGUCCGGAACAUUGACUACGGAUCACUCCACAAGUCUCUCCGUGUCACAGACCGAGAUGUCAAGAGGAACCUCCAACCUCAGUUCCUGGAGAGCCUCGGGAAAAUGUGUCUUAGUUCUAGCGUGAGAUCAGAAGGUGGGUUAAUAGCAGAGGGUAACCAUGGCAACGCUAUUAGUCACUCGGACAACGGAGUAAGAGAUGUCAAGGAACGAGCACAUUCUCCAUUACUUAAUGUCUCGAUAUCAUCGCCUAACGCUCUUAACAACUCAGGUUUAUCACACCACGCAAACUGCAGUCCGACUAACUACUGUGGUAUUUGCCGUAAGAAGAGGGAGGAAAUGACACACUACGGUAUUUACCACCAGGAUGACAGUGUGGACAUGGUGAUGGGAGGGGUUAUUGACAGGAUUGAUCACCUGAUAGAUAGGUUAGGUAAGGGUGGUUACGACAGGAAGGAGUUUGGUUCUGGUAAUAAGGAGAAUAAUAAAAAGGAGAAUGUCGGUAUUAUCCUUCCCUGUGAGGCGUGCACAAUCAGAGCCCAGAAACGUUACGCCCACGCUUCAUGUCAGACAGAGGAACCAGCAAUAGAUGAACAUGAUCUGGAGGUGGAGGACAUUGAGCACGAGGGGAACCAUUCUAUUGACGAGGCCAAGAUUAUUGAGUUGAAUGAAUCAGCAGAGCUAGCACCUUUACCUACUGAAAACAGUAAAUUAAGUCCACCUAAGAGGGUGAAGAAAAGCUCGUCUUCUCCGAACGUGAAGAAGUCAAAUGGUGUCUACACGGAUGUAGAUGACGACAAUUUGUCAGUACUUAGUUCAGAUGAUGAAGAUUUCUCGAUGGAGCUGGAAACAGCGGCCCACGAAGACGACAUGCCCCCAGAAGUUCGAGAGUAUGAGAUAGCAUCCACCCUUCGACGUGAAAUGCCAGAAGUGGGCUCCACGGAGACUGUUCAUUUCAAGAUGUUGCCCUACAGGAACCUGUAUGUUAUGGGCCAGAAGAAGUUUAUUGGCUGUCUGCCAAGCAGAAUUGCCUUGAGAAGCAACUACGAGCUGAACUACCAUAUUACGGUCUUCAAAACGCUGUCCUCUGACCGGCCAGAUAUCAGGAUGAAACGGCUCAAAGAGUUAGUGUCCAACAGAAACAAGACAUCACCCUCCCGAAAAGGUCCAAUGAGUCGAACACUAGACUCCUCCAAGCUGGGUAACCUGCUGGUAGUUGACAUUCCCAGAUUCAGCAGAGAAGCGAAGCGGAGAUCUGGUGGUGACAUCAGGAUACCCGUUAUAAACUUGAGGGACGGACAUAGCAACAAGCUGUGGUUGAGUGAGAGGGUUUCUGCACUGCUUAUGUCAAGAUCCCCGAGAUUGAGAUUUGCGAUAGAGAUAGCUAAGUCGAACAGAGCUCACUGGAAGUUGGCCGCUAAAGACCUCAUGUCCAACCAACGCCCCUUCAAGUACAGCUGUUUGUACGGAGGAAAGUCUUAUACACAGUUUUAUCUGAACGAGAUGAAAAGAUUUGUAACUAAACCGCUCCUCUCCAAGUGUCUGUGUUACUAUGUUGAUAUCUACGAGGACAACAACAAAGACCACGUUAAAUCCAAGACUUUUGUCGGUUGUCUUGGUAACAUGGCCGCUAAGGACUCUAAAUCUACUCCUCUCAUGCACUUCGAGGAACGGAUCAAGGAACACGUAAGAUCGGGCCAGAAGCUGCACGAUCCGAAAGUCAAUAUCUUCAGUGUCGCUCUGCAAAACCCCAUCUUGUCCUUAGACGAACCCGGCCGCUUCCUUCCACAGAAGGGUUCACAAGAGAUAACGAAGUGUCCAAACCUCCUGUUUGUCCCACUGGACUUUGGGUUUUCCUCCUGGUCUAGACCCACCACUCAGGACCACUUAUCAGCACUGAAACAAGCGUACUGCGACGUGUUUAGUAGCAAUGGUCCCGCUGGGUACAAUGUCUGAGUUACACGUGACGUCAUCACAAACCACGUGACGUCAUCAACGCGUGAUGUUAUCACGUGGUUUGAUAUUUCUUUGCAUCAAGAUAUAUAACGCAGUUGGGUGCGGGGUGACACUGUAAAUAGUAAUAAUAUCGAGGGUUUCAAGGGCAGUACCAUGGCCAAAGUUUAAGAAGUGCGUCGUCUUCGAUGAACAGACGACGCACUUCUUAUUGAUAUGAAAACGUCUGAGAAAUGGAACAUGAACUAAGAGGAAGAAUACUGUGUGUUCAAGAAAAGAUAGCUGAUGAAAAGUUUUGGGCUUAUCUUGCCGACAACUCAUGAUACUUGUUCGUUGUCUUAACAUUGUAAAAACAAUCGGAGGCAUGUACAUAUGAAUGUUUCUUUUGACUGAAGUAAGCAUUUUCAUAACUGUGAAAUAUGUGUAUGUUAUUUAUAUUGAUCCAAUAUUGCAAGACAUUUGGUUACCAAUUAAAAUAUUUUGCGAUCAACACAGUCGAUGUUGGAGAAUAAAAAUGUAUGUCCCGUUCGACAGAUUUACUGAUUUAUGAUUUACUUUGAAACGAAUUGAUGAUUUCUCAGUUUUGAAGAUAAAUUAAAUUAAGUGCAAGAUUAAAUUUCAGUCUUUGUCUCUUGACGGAUGUUACUCGUCUAAAUUUCUUAGUAGCGCGCGCCGCUUUCUUCUCGAAAUGUUGGCCCGAUGGCAAGUGCUACGAAGUAGCGCGCGCCGGGCCAGAUCAUUAACAUAAACAAUGGUCAAUUUCUCUAAAUGUUCAAAGUUAGAUGUUCAAAGUUAACCGUAUAGAUAAAUUAUGACAUGAUGGCUCACUACGGUUUAUUUUUAGAAUUAGAAUUAGAAUACAUUAAAAUGCUCUAUGUUGUUUUGUUUGAAUUUUUUCUUCAGAAAUCGAUCAACUAUAAAGUGACCAACGAAGAAAAAUUUAGUUAGGCAUACUCAUAGUUUUGUUAUAAAUAAUAACCAUGAUUCUAAUUAAAAAGCUG